GGGCCAGGGGCGGGACCCAAGGCUGCGGGGGCGGCGGCGGGGCUGGCCUCGCUUCCUGUCGCCGCCGGCACCGAGCCCGGGGGGCGCCACCAUGCGAGGGUCCCCGGCUGUCCCCUCUCCUCGGCUGGCGCUGCUGCUGCUGCCCGUACUCCCGCUCCUCCUGUGGCUUCCCGAGACCCGUCCUGGGGAGGAGUGGCGGGGGGCGCGCGGGCGUGUGUGUGCUCGUGCAGGGUGGCGCUGGGGCUCCGCCGCCGCCGCCGCCGCCGCCGCGCCCCCUCCCCCACCCACGCCCCCCGCCUUCAGCCUGGGGACCCCCGAGGGCAGUGCGGGAACACUGCAGUGCCAUGGAGUGGCACCCCUGGGGGACCUGAACUGCUCCUGGGAGCCGCGUGGGGACCGAGCCACCCCGUUCCUGCUGCACCUGCAGAGCCACUACCACCCCAGCAGGACGUACACCGUGGCGGUGGCUGCCGGGCAGCACUGGGUGACGGUGCCUCGGGAAGAGCUCACCGCCUCGGACAAACUCCGUGUCUGGGGGUCCGGGGCGGGCCGGCCGCUGGGGCCUCCGAUCUCCGUGAACCUGGACACCCGAGUGAAACCGAAUGUGCCACAGCUGUGGCCAGACGUGGACUUCUCAGAGGGCGAACCCCUGGACGCCACGGUGCACUGGGCAGCACCUACGUGGCCGUCCCAUAAAGUCCUCAUCUGCCAGUUCCGCUACCAGAAAUGCCUGGAGCAGGACUGGGUCCUGCUGGAACCAGAACUGGAAACCAUCCCACUGAGUCCCCUGGAAAUCCAGGACCUGGAGCUGGCCACCAGCUACCGGGUGUCCGGCCGCUGCCGCACGCAGGACGAGGAGGACUUGUGGGGCGAGUGGAGCCCCAGUCUCUCCUUCCAGACGCUGCCCUCGGGUGGGACCUCUGGGCUUGACCCACACAUCCCCUGUGCCCAGGAGUCUGUCUCUCUCAUUCAUUCCACCACCACGACCACCACCACUUUGUUUCUCUUCUUCCUAGCUCCAAAAGACGUGUGGGUGUCUGGGAACCUCUGCGGGACGCCUGGCGCACAGGACCCCCUGCUUCUGUGGACGCCCCCAGGGUCCUGCCUGCCAGUGAGCUACAGAGUGUGGUUUCCAGAGCAGGAGCCGCCUGGGGAAGGGGUCGCCUGCUGCAGCGUGCGCAUCCCCGCGGGUGCCCAGUGGGCUGCUGUGUCCGCCGUGAACGCCACGAGCUGGAAGCCGCUCACCAACCUCUCCUUGGCCUGCUUGGACUCUGCCCCCCGCGGCGUGGUGGUCAGCAGUGCGGGGAGCGGGGAACUGCGAGUGAGCUGGCGACCGCCGGGAUCCGGGGAGCCACAGGAGUACGUGGUGGACUGGGCCAGAGAUGGAGAGCCCCUGGAGAAGCUGACCUGGGCGCGGCUUCCUCCCAGGAGGCUCAGUGCCCUGUUAGCAGGGAACUUCACAGAAGGGGUCCCCUAUCGGAUCACGGUGACCGCAGUCUCGCCUGGGGGCGUGGCCCCUGCUCCGCCGGUGUGGGGGUUCACCCAGGAGCUAGCACCUGUCAUAGGGCCGGCGCUUUGGCGACUCCGGGAUGACCCCCCGGGGACCCCCGCCGUAGCUUGGGCGGUGGUCCCCAGGCACCAGCUCCGAGGCCAUCUCACUCACUACACCGUGUGUGCCCGGAGUGGAGGCCGACCCUCGGUCUGUGUGAACGUGAAUGGCAGCAUCUGGAACAUCACCCUGCCCGACCUUCCCCGGGGUCCCUGCGAGCUGUGGGUGACUGCGUCCACCACGGCGGGGCAGGGUCCACCUGGUCCCAGCCUGUGGCUUCACCUGCCAGAUAACAGCCUGGGGUGGAAAGUGCUGCCCGGUGUCCUGUCCCUUUGGGGCUUGUUCUUCGUGGGCUGUGGCCUGGCCCUCACCUUGUCGGGCAGGUGCCUCCACCUGCGAUACAAAGUGCUGCCCCGCUGGCUGUGGGAGAAGGUUCCAGACCCUGCCAACAGUCAGUCCGGCCAGCCCCCCACAGAGGAGGUGCCUCCGGUGCAGCCCCCUGGGGACUUGGCCAUCCUGGAAGUGGAGGAGAUGCAGCCGCCGCCGGCCCCUGAGCCCCCCCAAGCCGCUGCGGCCCCCCUGGACUGUGGGUAUGAGAGGCACUUCCUGCCCACUCCUGAGGAGCUGGGCCUGCUGAGCGUCCCCCACCCUGGGGCCCUAGAUGCCCCGGGCUGCAGGGACCUGCAGUGAACACACUGUGGCUCAGAGAAGGUGAGUUACUUGCCUGAGGACACACAGCCAGGAGGAGCUGGGACCAACGGGUCCCAACGUGACAGUGCCUGGGAUGCUGGGGGAAAAUAUGUAAGGGUGGGUGAAGGAGACACAGGCAAAUGGAUGGAGUCCAGAAUGGCAGCUGCCUCCCCAAAUCCACCAUCUCUCUGCGUCUGGACUCAGGCCCCGCCUCCCUUGCUGCUGGGUGCACCACAGCCGGAGUUCCCAACAACUGUGGGUCAGGGGCAGAAGCCAUACGGUCAGUCUCGAGGGGCAGGGUGGGGGCUCUGCCAUGUGCUCUGCCCUCUUGCGGGAGCUGGGACACACACAUGCCCAUGACCUAGCCUUGGCCUUACCCAAGGGGAGGGUGGGGCGAAAAACAGAAAGGAACCUAGAUCCCAGAGUGAUGGCAGGGGUCAGAGCCUGGAUCCCCCAGAGACUGCCCGGGUCAGAGCCUGGAUCCCCCAGAGACCUCUUGGGUCAGAGCCUGGAUCCCCCAGAGACCACCCGGGUCAGAGCCCAGAUCCCCCAGAGACUGAAUGUGUCAGCCUGAAUCCCCCAGAGACUGUGUGGGUUGGAGCCUGGAUCCCCCAGAGACUGCCCAGGUCAGAGCCUGGAUCCCCCAGAGACCACCAGGUCAGAGCAUGGAUCCCCCAGAGACCACCCGGGUCAGAGCCUGGAUCCCUCAGAGACCUCCUGAGCCAGAGCCUGGAUGCCCCAGAGACCACCUGGGUCAGCUCCUGGAUCCCUCAGAAACCACCCGGGUCAGAGCCUGAAUCCCCCAGAGACCUGGGUCAGAGCCUGGAUCCCCCAGAGACCACCCGGGUCAGAGCCUGGAUCCCCCAGAGACUGAAUGUGUCAGCCUGGAUCCCCCAGAGACCACCUGGGUCAGAGCCCGGAUCCCCCAGAGACUGAAUGUGUCAGCCUGGAUCCCCCAGAGACCACCUGGGUCAGCUCCUGGAUCCCCCAGAGACCACCCAGGUCAGAGCCUGGAUCCCCCAGAGACCACCUGGGUCAGAGCCCGGAUCCCCCAGAGACCACCCAGGUCAGAGCCUGGAUCCCCCAAAGACCACCCGGGUCAGAGCCUGAAUCCCCCAGAGACUGUGUGGGUUAGAGCCUGCAUCCCCCAGAGACCACCCAGGUCAGAGCCUGGAUCCCCCAGAGACCACCUGGGUCAGAGCCCGGAUCCCCCAGAGACCACCCAGGUCAGAGCCUGGAUCCCCCAGAGACCACCUGGAUCAGAACCUGGAUCCCCCAGUCACUGCCCAGGUCACAGCCUGGCUCUGAGUGAUCAUGUGGGUCAAGCCAAGGAAAUAAACGUCUAUAUUUUUAUA